CGUGUCAGUCACUUUAUCCCGCUCCACAAUACGUCAAGCAAAGACGUACCUAUAAGAUGAACGGGAACGUGCCCAUGGACGUGAAUGGCAUGGGGAUGAUGGACUACGGAAUGGGCGCGAUGCCCAUGAUGCCUGGCGCCGACCCGACAAGCGGCUUCAUGGACCAGCUACAGGACGGGAAUAAGGCCAUAAUCGGUCUGGAUGGCGCCACCUUCGAUCUUGACCCCGCAGGAAAGUCACAGAACCGGAACCGAGGCAACUACCGCUGCAGCAAGUGCGGUGAACCCAAGAAGGGCCACGUGUGUCCACUGGUGCCAUCCAACUACAAGUGCAACCGCUGCGGUCUCUCGAAGAAGUCCUGCACCUGUUCUGGUAAGCGAUUCGAGUUGCACAUAUUUGUGUAGUAGCUGACGGUUGUUGUGAUGCGAUGCAGCGCCGACAAUGCGCACUAUCGGCGUGCAAGUGGAGAUGGAUGAAGACAUGACCACACGAGUACUGGAUCUCAGCGUGCAGGGUGUCGUGGAGUUCCACAAGACGAUUGUGGGCUAUACUACUCCCCCGAACAGCUCGUGAUUAGAGAACGCAGUAAUUACUGCGUCUUAGCAGAACAAGCUGCUCCAUUUUGUCCACAGUCCUCGUUCAGACUGUGUUUUGGGUGCUACUUGCUUGGUUUUCUAUCGAUAUCAUGUAUUUUACGUCAUAUUCCUUGUACGUUUUGGAUGACAAGCUGAUACUUGUCAUUUCUAUUGCGAUGUCGCUCUAUUUCUCUAUGCGUUGGCGAGCUGGAGGAUGUCGCUGGGAAUCUGAUACCCUCGAAGCUGCACGGCAGUGGUCUUGGCGCGCAGCGGAUUCGACUUUGUCACCUCGUUCAAGUACAGCAAUGUGACUCCUCCAUGGAGCUCGAUAGCUCGUACAAGUACCGUUUUGAACAGCACAGCCAGUCGAGCAAGGAUGCUGUUCAUCGUGAGCACGAACGGCAUGAAGUAGGUCAUUGUGAACUGCACCAUCAAGGCUGAAACCACAUACAAAUUACUUAGUACCCAAGAGCAAUUACAGGCCCAUGGAGCGUCA